AUGGCAGUAGUCUCCUCUGUACUACUACCUUCUGUCUUGGUCCUCUGGGCUGGAGCUGAAGUCUUAUUCUAUAUAUGGUUUCGAAAACACGUCGCCAAACAGACUCGAACCCCUGCGGUAGUCCCAGAGGUGCGGGAUGCUCAACGUGACUAUGUGUUGGAGAAGACCAUUGAGAUGCUGAGGCGACAUCCAGAAGGCUUAUGGCGGUUACUGAAGGGCUGGUUUGAACCCGGGGUCCAGCAGGAUGACCUCCGAGACGAGAACAUGUCAGAGUUCUUUGCAUGGGCCUUCUACUACAAACAUCUAGAGGUUCUUCUACUGCGCAAUUCUCUGUAA